GGACGAGGGUGUGUCAGGAGGCGGAGCAGGGAGUCUCUCUCUCCGUCACUCUGUAUCGAUCAUCGAGAGGGGAGGGCGAGGAAGAAGCGGCAGACACCUCCAAUCACUUCCAUGGCGGUCGCGGGGGCGCUACUUCGGUCGACGCAGUCCGGUUCCGAUCUCGGAUCUCUGGAGACGGCGUGGUUUCGGUCGUCGUCUUGCUCGCACCGGUGAGGCAUUUAUCUGCUUCUGUUUGCUCGGAACGCGGAUUGUCGCCGUUCAGAAGGUCAAUUCCGAGUCAUCCGGCGGGAUUCUAUUUGCUGGGUGAUUUUGCGGCAAGCAUGUGCGGUGGUCCUGAGCAUCUGAAACCAUCUACAGCUGCUUCUUCGUCUUCAUCGUGCUCUUCAUCAUCGUCCUCGCCUUCCUCUGCUGAAAGAAAGGAAAGGAUGAAUCAUCUGUCUAUAGAAACCGCUGAAGAUUCGUUCUCUACCCUGCUCGAGCACGCGGCUAACAACGACAUCGACGCCUUCAAGUUCGCCGUCGAGAAUGAUCCGUCCAAGAUCGAUGACGUCGGCCUGUGGUAUGGUCGCCAGAAGGGAACGAACCAGAUGGUGCUUGAGCAGCGCACGCCGCUCAUGGUGGCAUCUAUCUACGGCAGCAUCGAUAUCCUUGCCUUCAUUCUUUCUCUCCCCGGCGACGUCAACCGUGCAUGUGGCCCGGACAAGACUACCGCCCUGCACUGUGCCGCCUCCGGUGGCUCCAUCGACGCUGUCGAAGCUGUCAAUCUCCUGCUGAAGGCAGGGGCUGAUCCAAAUAUUGUCGAUGCGCUCGGCAGGCAUCCUUUCGAUGUGAUCAUGGUUUCUCCCAAGCUUCCCCAUGUAAGAACUGGUCUAGAAGAUCUCCUCUCAUAUGGAUCGUCUGCACCCUGUCGAAGUUGUGUCCUGAAGGAAACAAAGGCUAGUUCCGCCGAACUCUGUAUCUCGUCCUCUAGUUCUCCUCCAUUGUCGUCUUCUCCUGAUGGGUCCUCGUCGGCCUCUGUUUCUACCUCAUCCCCGGUGUCUCCAGUUAAGUUGGUGGACCCUUGCAGUAAGGCGCUUUCAGGUGAAUUCUCGGAGAAGAAAGAGUAUCCUGUGGAUCCAUCGUUGCCGGACAUUAAAAACAGCAUAUACACUACUGAUGAGUUCAGAAUGUUCUCCUUCAAGGUCCGCCCCUGCUCGAGGGCGUACUCUCACGACUGGACCGAAUGCCCUUUUGUUCACCCGGGCGAGAAUGCUCGCAGGAGGGAUCCCCGGAAGUUUCACUACAGUUGCGUGCCGUGCCCAGACUUCCGGAAGGGCGCCUGCCGGAGAGGUGACCUCUGUGAGUAUGCUCAUGGCGUGUUCGAGUGCUGGCUCCAUCCGGCACAGUAUCGCACGCGCCUCUGCAAAGACGGCACUAACUGUAUGCGCAGGGUCUGUUUUUUCGCCCACACAUCGGAGGAACUCCGGCCUCUAUAUGUGUCCACCGGCUCCGCGGUGCCCUCACCGAGGUCGUCUGCUUCCAAUCUGGACAUGGCCGCUGCCAUGGCAAACAUGAGCCUUGGACCCCCUGGGUCUCCCUCUUCAAGUAUGUCCAUCAUUUCUCCCUUUUCUCAAGCGGCCAUCCUCACGCCUCCGAUGUCCCCAUCCGGCGGGGUUGGCCACUCAUCCAUGGGUUGGCCUCAGCCCAACGUCCCGACCCUGCAUCUUCCCGGCAGUAACCUGCAGUCGAGCCGGCUGAGGUCCUCUCUCAGCGCUCGGGACAUCCCCGUCGAUGACAUCUCGAUGCUGCAGGAGAUGGAGGCCAGCCAGCAGUUCCUAAAUGACUUCUGCAUCUCCAGCCAAUCACGGUUGGGCUCGGCCGUGGCAGCCGCGAACGGCUCAUCCUUUCCCGCCCGCUCCCUGAGGUGCAAGACUCUUACCCCUUCCAAUCUGGAGGACCUCUUCGCCUCGGAGAUGUCCUCCCCUCGCUUCUCGGCGGACUUCUCGCCGCUGAGCCCCCAGAUGCAAACGUCCCAGAAGGCUGCUGCCUCAGUAUUCUCCCAGAUCCAGCAGCAGCAACAGCAGAACCAAAUGCUGUCUCCGAUCAGCACGGGCAACGUCUUCUCGCAGAAAACCGUGGAACCGCAGCUUAACGGCCAUUCCCUCAUGCAAUCCUCCUUCGCUCUGUCGUCAAGUCGCAUCUCGUCGCCGCGUAGCGUCGACGCCUCAAUUGUGGCGCCCCCCUCGCCGCUCGGACUCCGCAUGGCCGCUUUCGCCCAGAGAGAGAAGCAGCAGCAGCAGCAGCAGCAGCAUCUGCUGCGGUCCCACAGCUGUCGGGAUCAUGGCGGUGCCGUGGCAGCUGCCGUGCUCGGUUCUCCGGUCGCAGCAACGGCAUCCUCUUCGUGGUCGAAAUGGGGAUCCCCCACUGGGAAAGCAGAUUGGGGUUUGCAAGGGGAGGAGCUGGGGGCAGGCCCCAUCCGCCGACCCUCGUCAUUGGAGGUCGGUUCCGGCUCCGAGGAGCCGGACGUCUCCUGGGUCCAUUCCCUGGUCAAGGAGUCCCCAGAGGUCAACGAACAGGGACCGGUUCCCGCCGGAGACGAAAAUUCCGGUCAAGUAGAUGGUGGUGUUAUGGACCAUUCCCAGUUGGGUGCUUGGUUGGAACAGAUGCAGCUUGAUCAGCUGGUGGCGUGAUGGCUACUUUGGGUUCUUUCUUUUUUGUGCGUCCAGGAGAGAAAGGCAAAAAGUUCGGCCGGACGGUGCAGAAAAAUGGGUUUAGUUGGAGCAAUUAAUUAUUAUUUGAUUUUAAUUAUUACUUUAUUAUAUUAGUAGUAUUUUAUCUGAUUCUGUAGGGAAAAAAGAAAAGGAAAAAGGAUGAAGCAAUGGGAUUGUUGGGAGCUAUCAACAAACCCAGAUUCAUCACAACAAGCAAAAGAAAAGAUAGAAAACAGUUUGGAGAAAGUAAUCAGUGUUAGGUUCCUCCUUUUCUAAGGGAUUGUAUUCUUUUCGUCGUCUUUUGGUGAAACGGUCUCUCCCUCUCUCCUCUUCAAUUUUUAUUAAUCAAGCUAAACUCCGCGGCUCGAGGUGGUAGCAGGAAGUCUCUCUUUGUUUUCUUUCUCCUUUUAUGGCCUCCUUCCUUUUGUUGGUUCGAUCGGAUUCACAUUGAAGAGAAGGUGCCCUUGCUGUGUAGGUCAAAGGCUACUUGUGGUAAAACCAAAAAAGUGUGCAUACGCGUCCCUCUCAGGAUGGUGAUGUUCGCGAUGAUGAGCAGUUGUCUGUCAAAUGCUCUCUUUGGUCAGAAAUUGAUGUAAUAUUGGAUUGUCCAAAGUUUAUUAUUAUUAUUAUUUCAUCA